ACUGUAUUUUCGAAGAUGCAGCAUUCGAAUGCUGGUACCAUUAGAAGAACCGUUUGCAGUGAUAGUUCAUGGAACUAUACCAUUAAUACUCUUGUUGAAAGCAGUAUUGUAUGUAAUUGUUCUAAUGGAAACAACAGCAACUGCCAUGUCACUCAAAUAUUGAUAAAGGGUCACAAUUUGACUGGAAUUCUACCACCUGAACUUGGAAAUCUUACACAUCUGGAAGUGAUUGAUCUUACUCGCAACUAUCUUAAUGGAUCAAUUCCUUCGAGUUUAUCUCAGCUUCCUCUCACCAGUUUGUCACUUCUGGGGAACCGUCUUAGUGGUCCGAUUCCUGGUGAAAUUGGUGAUAUUUCUACACUUGAAGGACUGGUCUUGGAAGAUAACCUGUUCGGUGGAUCUCUACCUUCCAGCAUUGGAAAUUUGAGCCACUUGAGUAGACUUCUUCUUUCUUCGAACAAUUUUACUGGCAGAAUACCCGAAUCAUUCGGCAAUUUGAAGAACAUAACUGAUUUCCGGAUAGAUGGAAGUAGUCUGUCUGGGAAGAUACCUGAUUUUAUAGGGAAUUGGACUAAACUUACAAGAUUGGACAUGCAAGGCACAUCGAUGGAAGGACCGAUUCCGUCAACCAUAUCUGAGUUAAAAAACUUAACUGAUUUGAGGAUAACUGAUUUGAGAGGGAGAAGUUCAGCUUUUCCAAAUUUGAAGGGAAUGGAAGAUAUGAAAGAAUUGGUGCUUCGAAAUUGCUUGCUUACCGGUCCAAUCCCUCCCUAUAUAGGCGAAAUGACAUCAUUGAAAACAUUGGACCUAAGCUUCAACCGCUUAUCUGGACAAAUUCCUCAGACACUUCAGGGUUUGAAAAAGAUAGAUUACUUGUUUCUGACUAACAAUUCAUUGACCGGAGCAUUGCCUGGUUGGGUAUUAGGCAGCGACGACAACAUAGAUUUGUCUUACAACAAUUUUACAUCUUCUUCCCAAACAAGUUGCCAACAAGCAAGAGUGAACCUAUUAUCCAGUUCCUCGUCCUCAGCAGACGGCAAUUCAGUUUCAUGGUGCUUAAGGAAGGAUCUUCCUUGUCCUAGAAAACCGACCUACCAUUCCUUGUUUAUUAAUUGUGGAGGAGAGCAUAUUGAUGUUGACGGAAAUGAAUAUGAAGAGGACUUAAGCACCAUUGGUCCAUCAAACUUUUUCAAUUCAGCAAAUAAGUGGGCUUAUAGUAGUACAGGUGUUUAUUUGGGAAACGUUGAAGCUCAUUACACUGCAAGAGCUUCAUCUGUUGUGCCCGGUCCAGCCUUCUACAAUUCUGCACGUCUUGCGCCUCAGUCACUGAAGUACUAUGGCCUAUGUUUGCUAAAAGGCAACUAUACCGUGACGCUUCACUUUGCUGAAAUUAUGUAUUCUGAUAAUAAGACAUUUGAGAGUCUUGGAAGGCGCUUAUUUGACAUAUCGAUUCAAGGGAAAGUAGUUUUGGAGGAUUUCAACAUCAUGGAGGAAGCUGGCGGUGUCGGUAAGGGUAUCUUCAAGGAAUUUAAUGUUGACGUUGAGGGAAGUACUUUGGAGAUUCACUUGUACUGGAGAGGGAAAGGAACCACUGCCAUUCCUGACAGAGGAGUUUAUGGACCAUUGAUAUCUGCUAUUACAGUAACUCCUAACUUUAAGGUCGAUAUCGGGGAAGGGUUAUCAGCUGGACUCAUUGCUGGUAUUUUGAUCGGUUCAUGUGUAAUUCUCAUCCUGCUAUUGAUCAUCCUCCGACUGAUGGGUUACUUGGGCGGCAAACACGACGAAAACAGCGAGCUUCAUGGGUUAGAACUUCAGACUGGCUAUUUCAGUUUAAGACAAAUCAAGGCUGCAACAAAUAAUUUCGAUCCUGCAAAUAAGAUUGGUGAAGGAGGAUUUGGGCCAGUUUACAAGGGUGUACUGCCAGAUGGUACGGUAAUUGCAGUUAAGCAACUAUCUUCUAAGUCAAAGCAAGGAAAUCGAGAAUUCGUAAACGAGAUAGGCAUGAUUUCUGCAUUGCAGCACCCUAAUCUUGUGAAGCUGUAUGGCUGUUGUAUUGAAGGAAAUCAAUUGUUGCUAAUAUACGAGUACUUGGAAAACAACAGUCUUGCUCGUGCACUUUUCGGUCGCGAGGAGCAACGUCUUAACUUGGAUUGGUCGACGAGAAAGAAAAUAUGCUUGGCGAUUGCAAGAGGACUUGCUUAUCUUCAUGAGGAGUCGAGACUUAAAAUUGUUCACAGAGAUAUUAAGGCAACAAAUGUGCUGCUCGAUAAGGAUCUAAAUGCUAAGAUUUCCGACUUCGGAUUAGCCAAGCUCGAUGAAGAAGAGAACACUCAUAUCAGCACAAGAAUAGCUGGAACAAUAGGUUACAUGGCACCUGAAUAUGCAAUGAGAGGUUACCUGACCGACAAAGCCGAUAUUUAUAGCUUUGGUGUUGUCCUUUUGGAGAUUGUCAGUGGGAAGAGCAACACAAAUUACAAGCCAAAGGAGGAGUUUGUUUUCCUCCUUGAUUGGGCCUAUGUCCUGCAAGAACAAGGGAACCUUUUGGAGCUUGUUGAUCCAAAUCUUGAUUCAAAUUACUCCAAAGAAGAAGCACUAAGGAUGCUUAACCUGGCUCUUCUAUGCACCAAUCCAUCUCCAACAUUAAGGCCGUCAAUGUCUUCUGUAGUCAGUAUGAUAGAAGGCAAGGCUCCCGUCCAAGCUCCAUUAAUCAAACGGAGGGAUUCGGAUCAGGAUGCGAGGUUUAAAGCCUUUGAGACACUGUCACACGACAGCCAAACGAAUGUCUCGACAUUUUCUCAUGACAGAGCCACACCCAUGGAUGGACCUUGGACUGAUACUUCAACGUCUAUUCCGGACGGGACUCGAGAACACUCUUCAUAAAUCAUAAUGAACCCUUACGUACAAGUCUUUCUCAGUUGCUGAUAUGUGUAUGCCGAGCAUGCAAAGUUUCUAAAGCCAAAGUUCGAAGAGAGUUUAGACUGCACGAUGAAGUCAAGCCACCGAACAAAGUCAGGCAGCCCCGUUAACACCCAGGAUCG